UGCGCUUCCAGCAGUGGCGUGAGGACGUUAGGGCGGUGCCUGCGCUUCCGGCGGCGGCGUGAGGACGUUAGGGCGGUGCCUGCGCUUCCGGCGGCGGCGUGAGGACACUAGGGCGGUGCCUGCGCUUCCGGCGACGUGAGGACACUAGGGCGGCGCCUGCGCUUCUGGCCACGCCGGGGACGUUAGGGCGGUGACCGCGCUUCUGGGAGAGCGGUCUUCCGCCAUUUCCGUUAGCUCGCCCCCGCUGAAGGGCUAACUCCGGUUUCCCGCGGAAGCCCGUCCCCGCUCGCAGAGGCGCUCCGGCGCUCCCUGUGCCUGGGCGGCUCUAAGGGUCUGCCACUGAACCUGAAACUCACCAGUUCAGCUAGACUACCUGGCCAGUGAACGCCAGAGUUUCACCUUUCUCCCUUCCCAUUGCUGGAAUUACAGAAAAUAUUUGCUGACCUCCUGUCCUGGAACAACACCCGGACUUAGAUACAACAAGCAAGUUGCUGUACAGUGACAAGAACUGAAGCUCACACUCUGAAAGGAGAGAAAGCAUUCUGAACACUUUGUCGCUUGUUUUCCAGAAGAAAAGAUCUCCUAAGCUGUUUAGCAGCUGUGAAGAUGUCUGACAAAAAACAGAUCAAUGCCAGGGCUUCCCUGAUUGAGCAGCUGGUGUCUAAAAGGUAUUUUGAGGAUAUUGCCAAACAGCUUACUGAGCUAGAAAUGAUUUAUGUGUCUAAGGAGCAUCUCCAGGAGACAGAUGUAGUCAGAGCUGUAUACAGAGUCCUCAAAAACUGCCCCUCAGUGACUUUGAAAAAGAAGGCCAAGUGUCUGCUAGCCAAGUGGAGAGCUUUCUAUAAGAGUACACCCUUCAAAACAAAGGAAAGCCUCAAAUCACUCCAUUCUGAUGUUAAUAAAGAAGAAAGUGCAGCAGUUUCUCAGGAUGUGAGCCAGGAUGAGGCAUUAGGUUCUAGUCAUGAUGAGAUGUCAGGUCUCUGCAGUUCUCUCUCUAAGCUGGCAUCCCGAGAUGCUGCAAAUACCGCUGCAGCAAUUGGGUCUGAAAGUAGCACUACUCAAAUGGAAAUUAAUGAAGAAUAUUUGAGGGGUGAUGACUUUGAAUCUACUAGCCAGAGCUCAAGUGUGUUACAGGAUCCUCUAGUGUCUGUUAGAUCUAAAGGUGUAGAGCUUCUUUACACAGCAUUAGCUAGUUCUUCCACAGAUCACACAAAAGCUGAUUUGUGGCAGAACUUGGCAAGAGAAAUUGAAGAGCACAUUUUUACUCUUCAUUCAAGCAACAUCAAAAAGUAUAAAACUUGUAUUCGAAGCAAAGUUGCCAAUUUGAGCAACCCCAGGAAUUCUCAUUUACAACAAAACCUCCUCUCUGGAACCAUGUCUGCAAGAGAAUUUGCUGAAAUGACUGUCCUGGACAUGGCAAAUGAGGAGCUGAAGCAGUUGAGAGCUUCCUACACAGAAUCCAGUAUUCAGGAACAUCACCUUCCCAGCACAGUUGAUGGCACACAGACAAAUAAAAUAAAGUGCAAGCGCUGUGAGAAAUACAACUGCAAGGUCACUGUAAUUGCCAGAGGAACACUUUUCCUUCCAAGUUGGGUGCAGAAUUCAAACCCAGAUGAGCAAAUGACCUAUGUCAUUUGUAAUGAAUGUGGGGAGCAGUGGUACCAUAGCAACUGGGUGUGCUUGUAAUUUGUAAAUAAUCCCUUCAGGGGCAUAUGUUUUAUAUGUAUAACAUAGCCCUUACUGUUAUUUUUGUCUUUGUGAUUUUGGUUUGUGAAAGAUCUCACUCUGUAGCCAAAGCUGGCCUCGGUCUCCUGAGUUCUGGGAUUACAGGUGUACACUACCGUAAUACCUGGUUUGGUAUACUGUUCUUACUACAGUCCUGGGAAUAAAGAGAGUUGUUUGCCAAAGGACAAGCCACAAUUGCUAAAAGUUGUUUGGGAAGAGUAGAAGACUAUCGCGUUGUACUUUGUGGCAUUUAGUGCUUUAAUCGGAAUAGCACUGUAGCUCCACACAGCCUGAAAGCAUGUUAGAGAGGCAGAUUCUCUAGCCCGAUACUCCUUGAGUCCUUAUCUGCAUCUUGGCAGAAUCUCCAGGUCAUUCUCUGGGAUACUUUGAGAAGCACUGAUAUAGCUGCAGGCCUGUGGGUCUCAGGAGUAAUUAUACAUUAGAGUUUUCUGGGGAGCAUUGAAGUAUACUGGUACCGAGAGCCAAGCCUGAACCUAUGGCAUGGGACCAAGGCAUCAACAUUGCUCUGGUCAUUUCUCAGUUUACUUUAAGUUGCAGUUAGAGUUGAGUAUCUCAUUUGAGCCUUUCUGUAGUUCUGAAGAGAUGAAUGUUAUUCUGGAGACUUUACAUAUGAGGAAAGAGGCCCACAGAGCUUCGGUGGCUUAACCAGGUUAUAUAACUAUAGGUAAUCUGCCUCACACUGAUCCCAUAUGUUCCAGCUUCCUUCUGAAGCAGGUGUGAUGGCACAUGCCUGUAAUCUAAAUGCUAGGGAAAAUGAAGGAGGAUUUAUGUGAGUUCAGGGACAGUUUAGAUUGUUAAGUCCCUGUCUCAAAAAAUUAUAUAUAUAUAUAUAUAUAUAAAGAGCAUUGUGGUGGUUCAAGCCUGUAAUCCUAGCCUUGGAGAUACUGAGGCAGAAUCCUAUGGUUGAAGCUAGCCUGGAUUAUGUAGAGAAACAAUGCCAAAACAAAAAAUUCAAAGUCUGAGAACGUCUAAAUACUGACUUUACAAAAAGUGUACUUCUGGAAAUGGGUGCUAAGCAAAUAGCAUUUGGAGCCUCUAAGUUUAUAUGACUAGAGUUUUAUCCUUUUGUCUUUAAUUUUCUUAUUUUUACAAAUCUGUCUUAGCCUAUGAAAAGUUGCACUGUAAGUUAGAAUUUGGCUUGGAGCUUGCUUUCUCAGUUAAAAAGGCUAUGCAUUUUUUUUCCUUUGUGUGAGCUCUUCAUAAAGUCUUUAUGAUACAUAGUUUCUUGUUGUUAGGAAUCUUCCAUGUCUUCAAAGGCAUGUGUAUUAAAAAUCCUGUUUAUAUGAAAAUGGUGCUAGUUGUCAGAGGAGAUUCACUCCCUCAGCCUUUGAAUUUAUCAACAUUUAUUUACCUAUUAACUGAAGAGGAAAUCACUUCUCUAAGGCCUUUGCAAACAGUGUUUACUGAUUUGUAUGCAUAAUUUUAUGUGGUUAUGACUAAUUUUUUCCUUUAAAAUGAUAGAAUAUUUGUUAUUUGGAGUUUUGAUUUUUUAACAUAGAAAACAAUUUUAUGCAUAAUCCACACAGAAGCUUGGAUAUGUACUCCUUUUACAGUUUAGUAGGUGUUUAGAGACACAUUUUUUCUUUUGUUGUUUAACAAAGCCACGUGAGUAGUUUCUGUUUUUAUAAGACUGUCUGCACUCUGUAGCCCAAGCUGGGCUUGAACUCACACUGGCUAACCUCAAUCUCUGGAGUGCUAUGGUUUGGGGCAUAAGCUACCAUUCAUUGAUUUUUAUUAUAUUAAAGAGUUUAUUUCUUAGUUCCAUGUAAACUCACAUGUUUUCAUCAGUUAUUGUUCCUAAAUCCCCAGUAUUCCUUCAAUGGAAUCUAUAGGCCUUUUCUGUAUAUUUUACCUCCUCAUGACAGUUCCCCAACUGGUGCAUAAAACUAGCAUACACUUCUGUUUCAUAUAUUUUAAAGAAACCAACUUGAGACUGUCAAAUCUGAAUUACAUUUCAUUGUAUUUUCUCCAUUUUGCAUUCCAGGGCUGUUCAUCAUAAUGCAAUGUGUUAGUCCUUUAAACAGAAAUUUACAAAGUCAUCAAAAACUCAAAAGUUUCACAAAGUGUGGUUUCAUGUGAUUUGGAAGGAUCUUAAAACCUAGAUGGUGGUUGUAUGAGAGUACACACAGCACAUGAAAACCAUGUUUAAUUUCUUUAAGUUGGUGUGUGGGUAUUGGGGUUUUCUAUGUAUCUGUGUAUGAGUAUUUGUAUUGAGAUUUUGUAAACUACAUUUACCAAAAAUAAAAGCACUCGAAAUGAA